UCUUCAUAUGUGUAGUUUGAUUCAAUAUAACUUUUGGCCAUUUUUAAAAUUUGUUUUUACAAAAUUCGCUUUGCCGUAAAAAAUCCCUCAUGUCUUUUCACAUUCUGUAUCCAAAACCACUGCCGCCGCGGGACAAUCAAUCACUGCCAAAUGAAAAUGGUUUUACUGCCACAGAAAUUGCAUCCUUGCGCAAUGGAUGGCGUCAUUUUAAACGUCGCUUUGGCUAUCAUUCUAAACAAAUAUUCAUGAAAUUUUAUCAAGAACAUGAACAAAUGUUGGAGAAAUUUCGCAAUCGAAUGGGCAAAUUCAAUAUGCAACAGCUGCAUCGACAUCCACAAGAACUAUUGCAAGUCUAUGGUAAUCUGAUAGAACAAGGACUGGAUAAUAUGACUUAUAUGCAUGUUUUAAUGACCGCAAUAAGUCAACGGCAUAGAAUGUUCGGUGUUACAGGUUAUGAAAUAAAGCUACAAACCGACCACAUAACUCUCUACAUACUUGCCUUAUUGGAGAAAAUAAUUUCGCCCACAUUUGUUUCGGGACUGGAAAAACUAAGACGCUUGAUAAACGCAUAUCAUUGUGAAGAUGCAUGCGACGAGCUGUUGGAAGAGAGCUCAAAUGAGGCAUUACAUAAUUAAGAAAAUAAAACUGUAAUUAAGAGUAAAAGACUGUCAGUCAAGAAGACAAUGACCCCAGCUCACGGAAUCCUAUGCUGUAUGACCCCCUGCAAGAUGGGGUGGUCAAGACAUCAAAGAAAAUGCAGUAUUUUGCAGCCAUGGUUGUGUGUUUGGGCGCCGUUUCGGCAGGUACUGCACUAGCUUGGACAUCCCCCGUACUGCCACAGAUUAGUGAGGAUCCAAAUGCUAAUACCACUGCAAACAAUGCUACCGCUGAUGGCUCGUCGUCGUCACAGCUGCAAUUGACACUAAGUCAGCAGACCUGGGUUAGUUCCUUAUUGGCUAUUGGUGCGUUUCUGGGAGCUUUACCCACAGGUUAUAUUGCUGACUACAUUGGACGUCGUUACACCGCAUUGGUAAUGGAUAUCCCAUUUAUUGUGGCCUGGACGGCAACUAUUUUUGCCAACUCCGCGACGGUCCUAUAUUUUGCUCGUUUUACAAUUGGCUUGGCUACUGGCAGUUUUUGUGUUGUUGCUCCCAUGUAUAUAUCGGAAAUUGCUGAAAGUAGUAUAAGAGGCACAUUGGGUACUCUGUUCCAGCUGACACUGUCCAUUGGAAUUCUAUUGGUUUACAUUAUUGGUGCUAUGGUCACAUGGACAACAUUAAGUGUUCUGUGUCUUUUGGUACCGGUGGCUUUGUUCAUUGGAAUGUUGUUCUUGCCAGAGACACCAACAUAUCUAUUGAAGAAGGGUCGCCGUGGUGACGCCGCUCUCUCAUUGAAAUGGCUUUGGGGUCGUUAUUGUGAUUCACGCACAGCCAUCCAACAGAUACAAAGUGAAUUGGAUCAAGCCGGCGGAAAUGCUUCAUUCUCCGAUGUCUUCCGUAUACGGGCGGCUCGCAAUGGUUUAAUUAUUUCCAUGCUCUUGAUGUUCUUCCAACAAUUCUCCGGAGUGAAUGCUGUCAUUUUCUACACCGUGCCAAUUUUCAAAUCUGCCGGCAGUACAUUGGAUCCUUCGAUAUGUUCCAUCAUUGUGGGCUUUGUACAAGUUGUGAUGACAUUCACCUCUUCGCUGAUGAUUGAGAAAGCUGGACGCAAGUCACUGCUGAUAUUUAGUAGUACCAUCAUGACGAUUUGUUUGGCAAUUUUGGGUGCCUAUUUCGAUAUGAAAGACGAUGGCAAAGACGUCUCCUCCAUUGGAUGGCUACCUUUGCUGUGUGUGGUAUUGUAUAUGAUUACAUUUUCAGUGGGCUAUGGUCCCAUACCCUGGCUGAUGAUGGGUGAACUUUUUCUGCCCGAUGUCAAGGCUACGGCAGUGGCCUUGACGGUAAUGUCAAAUUGGUUUUCGGUAUUUUUGGUAACGAAGACAUUCGGUUCCAUGAUCACAGCCUGGGGUUCGGAUAUGACAUUUUGGUUCUUUGCCUUUUGUAUGUUUGUGGCCACAAUGUAUGUGGCCUUUAUGGUGCUGGAGACAAAGGGCAAGAGUUCAUCACAAAUUCAAUCAUGGUUGGAUAAUAAAUAAGGGAGUGUUGGAAACUGUGAAAAAUUGGGGUUAUUGUUAUUUUUUUAAUAUUUUAGAGAUUAGUUGUAAAUGAAAAAGAAUUUAUUUUUUUAUAAUGUUAUUUUUUGUUAGAGAUUUUAUUCUGUAGCUUGUAAAUAAACAGCUCGAUGCCAAAAAAGAACAUGUAUAUGUUAUGAUUUGAGAAAUUUGAAAAUUGUAAUUAUAUAAAAUAUGUUAAAGAUUAUAUAUAUUUAAUUUAUUUACGUAAAUAGUUGUAGAUAUGUGAGGGUGGAGGGUUCUAUUCAUGAAGAUGGGCAUAUAUGUCGUAACAUACUUGGAUUUUUAUACAAACGCAGUAAUGAAAAAUUUUGAAGCUAUUUUUGAAAAUUUUCUAAAAGAAUUUUUUUGAGAGUACGAAGAAGAUGAUCAAAAGCAUUUUAAAAUUUUAUUAAAGUAAAAACGCGGAAUACGAACGAAGAAAAAAUGGUACUUUCUUUGUGUACCUCUCCUUUUUCCCCGAAACUAUAUUUUUCUUUUACACAAUUUAAAAAAAAAUAUUUGAUUAUUGAUAUUCUUACUGUUAUGGAAACAAUUGGGCGCCAAUCUUCAUAACCCUCCAUCCUCAUUAGUUUUUGUUUUAUUUUUUUAGUUGUAGUACGAAUAUUAGAAAAUUGAAUAUGAGACACAAGGAAACUUUUUGGUUAAAAUAAAUACAUCUCGAAUGGUUCUGCUUGUUUUAUCGGCUCAGGGAUUUUUCUCUUUUCCUUAACUGAAUUCUCACGCAUCCAAACCGCAUAGAAAAUGUUUCCUUGUGGACUCAUUUCAUAGAGUAGUUAUUAAUGUAAUUAUUGUUAUUAUUUUUAUUUUUUUUUGUUUGUUUUAUUAAUUUUAAGUUAUUUAUUUUAUACAGGGUGUCCCAAAAGACAUGAAUGAAAAUAAAAUAAAUGAUAAAUAAAUAACCAAUUGGCGUUAAACUUGAA